GAGAACCAGUAUUAAAAUACCCCAAUGUACCUUACAAUCGUGAGUGCCUAUUUUAGUUCAUUUGUAAUCAGCUGUUCAUGUGAAUUCAUUCGUUAAAGUAAACAACCCAAAAGCACCGGACAUCGUCGUUUUUGUUGAAGUACUGUCAGCUAAAAUGUUGCCUCGGUACCUACAAAUACGAUCCAUCUCGACAUCGUCCAAGUUAGCUUCGUUCGGGCGAUGGUACCAGUCACUGUGGCAGAGCAAGACGUCGUCGAAUGAACCCCCGUACGGUCACGUAACUCAAAUCGGCGAUCCGGUGCUGCGACAGAAGGCGGCACUUGUUCCCGUCGAAGCAGUUAACUCACCGGAAGUGGCAUAUCUUGUUAAGCACAUGAUCAAUGUUAUGCGUAAAUAUGACUGCGUGGGCUUGGCGGCACCGCAGAUAGGCAUUUCCCUCAGGAUUCUGGUGAUGGAGUUUGAGGAACGGUUGAAGAAGCACUACACCAACGCUGAGUAUAAAAUUAAGCAAAUGGACACGUUGCCGCUAACGGUUUUCAUCAAUCCAGAACUGAAGGUGACAAACUACGAAAAAAUAAACUUCCCAGAGUCUUGCGCCAGCGUGAAAGGGUACAGCGGGGAAGUGCCUCGAUACGGGGAGGUUGUGCUCAGUGGGCUUGACGGUAAAGGCCAAACCAAGGAACUGACCCUGAAAGGGUGGAAUGCUCGCAUCGCGCAGCACGAAAUGGACCAUCUGAAUGGGGUCGUCUAUACGGACGUUAUGAAGCGAGAAACGUUCACCUGCUCCUGUUGGCAUGCUGUUAAUGAACACAAAGGCAGAGUGCGAAUAUCCUUCCAUCAAAAGUGAGAACGAUCAUUAAACAGGUUAGAAAAUAUACUCUUUUAAUCAUAA